CCCCCCCCUUCUUCCCCAUUUGCACUUCCACACACCACUUCCCCAAUCCAGAGCCUCCCCACCCAGCGAUUCCACCGACGGCGAUGUCCACGUCCGGUUCGUCCUCCGUUUCUGCCGACCGGGACAUCCUCCCCCUGAUCCCCUGCCCGGACUGCGGGGGCCAGAGCACCACCAUUGCCACUCGCGGCGGCUCCCGCCCCGGGGCUCAGAUCUACAAGAAACUCCGCCACAGCGCUGUUCUUGGCUGGUUCUUCCGCUGGUCAGACGGGUACGCGCUGGCCGAUGUUGCAAGGAUGACCCUCCUCCUCGGCGUGGCCAAUCUGCUCGUCAACCUGCUUGUUCUGGCUCUCGUGCUGCGGCUGUUCGCAAAGCGGAAUGCAUCUAUGGCGUAAUCUAAUCUAGAUGCUGGUGGGAUGGUCGUAGUAUCAGUAGUAUUAGCGUGGUAGUAGUCCCGCCGUGUUAAUUUGUGUGGCUGUAGCCCCGCUAUGGGCUUUGAUUAGUGGUCUCUUUGUCAAAUUAGUGCAGUCUCUAUGUAAAAUUAGUGCGGUCUCUUCAGUGUCAGCAAGCUGUAGCGUAGGUUCGACGAUGGAGUGUUUGUGCUUGCGGCUGUGCCACCAUUUGUCUGGUCCACUAUGUAAUCCAUGAGCACUUGGAUCUAAUUAGGAAUGGAUGUUGUUUGCCAAGUUA